AUGUCGCCAGCUGAAGCCAUGGAAGCCAUAAGUGCGGAAAGAGGCGAUACCCAGGGACAAUACGGCAACCGGGAAUUUCAUAUGUCUGUCGAGGUUGAUCCCUGGUUUCUGUUAGAGAGUGGGAACUCCAGAUAUUUAGAGCGUUUCGGCUUGGCAUGUGUGGACGCAUCUGCAGGGAGAGGUAACGUGUGUUUCAAGGUGCGUAUGCGAGCGUCGGCGUGA